GGCCUUGGCGUCAUUCAUUCGCCAUAUUUUAUCUGGCCCAAACACCUGCUGUAAAAGUGAAACGGUUCGCGUUAUUUGAAAACAAAUAAAAUUAACAAAAAUUCAUUUAAAAAAUUAUCAAAUAACUAUUUUGUUUCUUUACGAAAUUUCAGUGUAUAUUUUUCAUCGUCAGUGCCUUAUGUUUUAAAUAUAAGUUUAAAGUGUGUUUUUUUAUUUUUGGCAUUGUUUGAUCAUCAUUUGGGUGUGUCACGAUGACGUUACUACUUAGCGUGACUCUUUCACUAUUUAUGUUACUACAAAUAGUAACAUGCCAAAGAACGCCGAGCAUUUCUUAUAUUUCACAAGAACAAAUAAAAGAUAUUGGAAGUUCUGUUGAAAUGCAAUGUUCCGUUCAGUAUGCAAGCGAUUUUUCUGUAUUGUGGAUGAAAAAAGGUCGAGGUUAUGAUAGUACAUCAUUACCAUUAUCAACCGGUGCGACUUUAAUUGUACAAGACAGUAGAUUUGCUCUGAGAUACGAUCAAAGUUCAUCUACAUACGUUCUACAGAUUAAAGAUAUACAAGAAACGGAUGCUGGAGUCUAUCAAUGUCAAAUUAUUAUUACAAUUAAUAAUGUUAUAACAGCGGAUGUUGAUUUACGUGUUCGUCAACCGCCAGUUAUCAGUGAUAAUUCCACAAUAUCGAUAAUUGUCAGCGAGGAACAACCUGUUCAAUUGGAAUGCUACGCUGGUGGUUAUCCAACACCACAAAUAUCCUGGCGAAGGGAAAAUAAUGUUCUAUUACCAACUGGAGGAGCUAUUUAUCAUGGUAACAUUUUAAAAAUAGCACAAAUUCGAAAAGAAGAUCGUGGUACUUAUUAUUGUGUUGCGGAAAAUGGAGUUCGACCCGAAUCGAAACGUAAUUUAAAUGUUGAAGUUGAAUUUGCACCAGUUAUCACAGCGACAAGACCACGUCUUGGACAAGCAUUGCAAUAUGAUAUGGAUUUAGAAUGUCAUGUUGAAGCUUAUCCACCGCCAGCAAUUUCAUGGAUUAAAGAUGAUGUUCAAUUGUCAAAUAAUCAACAUUAUAAAAUUUCACAUUUCGCUACUGCCGAUGAAUAUACCGAUACAACACUCAGAGUAAUAACUGUUGAAAAAAAACAAUAUGGUUAUUAUACCUGUAAGGCUUCCAAUAAAUUAGGUUCUUCCGAAACUAAAGUCGAACUUUUUGAAACCAUUAUUCCUGUUUGUCCGCCUGCUUGUGGUCAAGCUCAGUAUGGAUCGGGCGUUAUACCAAUGCCAUCAGCUCUUAUGGUAGUUUUUACCUUAAUUUUCGCAGUUGCCUUAAGAAAUUACUAAUCCAGAUAUUAAUUAUCCUGGACUCGAAAGAUCAGCGGAGAAUCGACAAGUAGCAACAAAAUGGUUGCUUGCCUUAGUGAUUGCAUAUAUUUUUACCACUUUUUAAAAAAAAAAAAUAUUUAAGCCUAAAUAAUGACUUGAACUCAAUUGAAAAUUUUAUCGUGACGUUAUUUUUGUAGUUGUUUAUACAAAAGAAAAAAAAGAAAAGUAUUCUUUUUUUUUUUAUCAUUUUACAACGAAAAUGUUGGAAAAAAAAAUACUAAAAAUCGAACAUUCCAAAACUAUGAUACUAAAUUUAAGAAUUUGCAUAAGUUUCUAGAUAAGAAGAAAGAGAGAUUGAGAGAGUAGAUAGAAAGUCACGCUAAUAGAUCUUUUUCAAUAAUUGUUUUUUCUCAUUAUAAAGUGAGAAAUUAUUUAAUUUUUUUGUAAAUUUCACUUGUUUUUCUCUGAAGGUAUUUAUUGAUUCUUUUUUUUAAAAGAAUAUUUAUGCGAUAUUAACCGUCAAAAUGUGGCUUUGAAGUUGAAUAAUGAAUCUAAUUAGAACAAAAAAAAAGAAAGAAAAUUUACAAUAUUUUUUGUAACGAGCCUUUUUCUAGAAUUUUUUAGCAAUUUUUAUAUUUAUAUUUUAGUAAUUUUAAUAUUAAACUACAGUAUUUUAACAAAAAAAAAAAGAAAAGUGAUUCAAAGCCGUCUAUUUUUUAGUGAUAGUAAAAUGAUUUGUAUAUUAUGAACAAAUGAUAUUACGUACCUUGCGAUAAAUUGUACGUAUUUAAAAAAAAAAAAGCACUUAGACUGUAUUACUCACGACAGGGAUGAAUCUCGUUCACUCCAUGAACAUAUCGUUUUUAUUUUUACAUUUUUUUUUUUCUAGUAAAAUGGAAAUGUAAGUACGAUAUUAGAACAUUCGUUAAUGUAAGUUUUUUUGUAAAACGUUUUUUAUAAUGUUAGAGAAUUUUUGAAAGAUUUGUCAGUAAAAAAAAAAAAUUGUCCAAAAUGUUUUUGAAAAAAAUAAAAAUUGACAAAAUUA